CGUCCCAGGAGGCGCUGACCAUAUUCACCACGUUGGCGUGCACCACGGCGAAGUAGUCUCAGCAACAAUGUCUCGAGCUGCAUCCAAGAGUCGUGCUGACAAGGGGCGUGGUCCUGCCACCCCUGCACCUCCUCCAGCAGCCCACAGCCAGGAUGUUGUGGACAUCGUCCCAGGUCGCCUCACGCAGUCCUUCUGGUUGACCAUGAUUGCACAGGAGGAGGGGGAGGAGGUUGUGAGAGAUAUCCUGGAUGACUUCAUGACUCAUGUCAUGGAAAAGUGCAAGGAAGUUUACCUGAAGCAACAGCUGAUUCCAUUCACCGUGUCCCGUGCCAGGGACACAUUGUUAGAGAUUCUGGAGUGGCAGUUCUUGGUUCAGGAUGCAGGUGAGCAGUCAGACAGCACCUGGGGAGAGGACGCGGAGCCUCAGCCUCUGCUCACGGACUCAUGGGCCCAGGGCUGUGUGUCUGUGACACAGCGCAAACCUGCUCCUCCCCAACAGCCACGGACGCCAGUUCCAGGUCAGCAAGCUAGGAGAAGGAGCCAAAACUCUACUCCAGGUGAAUCCCAACAAAAGCCAUCAGGAUCAGGGAAGAAGCAAAAAGAUCCAAAAGCAAAUACCGAAGCUAAACCAGGACCUGCCUUGGGCUCCCAAACUCCGGCAAAUAAAAAAGGUCUCCCGCCUCUUGCCACGACCUCAAUCAACUCUCAGAGGAACAGUCUGGGGCCUGGCAGCCUUUUCCCACCAGGCCAAGCAAGUGGGGUUCCCCAACCAUCAAGGAGGUCCAAUAUUCACUUGUUCUCUACCAGCAUGCCACAUCACAUAGACCAGUCAGCUGGAGUGGAGGUCAAUGGACCACUUCGCUCCUUCAUCAGCCCUUUGAAGGACAACCUUCCCCAACCACAAGUGGUGGAGUUUAGACCAAAUAGGAGUGAAUCUCCACCCUCUUUGAAAUUUCUGAAUCAGCUGCUUGCUGGGACCUCUUCAUAAGUUGUUGUCCCACUCAAACAGAAGAGGUUAAACGUCAAAACAUCAAAAGAGUUUGUGAGGUUUUGUAAAAUGCUAAUAAAGAAGUUAAUAAUUAAUAACAUUCAUAGGGAUGAUGUCCAUCCCUUUGGAUUACUAUGCUAUUGGUUGUUUUGGUUAAUCUUGUGUAGCCAUCAAUGUAAUUUGUCACAGUAAUUCAUUAAUCACACAGGCUAAAAUGACAAUGAAAUGCCUCAUGACAUAUUAUACCUGUCGCUGUGUGAGAGUGAUUCUCAGGGUGCUUAAAAGAAUGUCAGGAUGUUCUCCUUUCUGUGAAUGUCAGACUAGCCUACUUGGUUCAUUUGUGAACAUAAAGCAACAUAAUGACUGUAUGUUUGUUAUCCAACCUAAAUAAUAUAUAAAGUACUCAGUUGAUUAA